GAAAACGUGGACAGGAGGCGAUUUCUUAAAUAACUGUAACAAAAACUGGACUUCAUAGAUUUGACAUUGUCCAAGACUCAGCGAAAGACUCCAACUGUCAUUCAUAAGCAUUAUCAAAUCCAUCGGAUUCGACAGUUUUACAUGCGAAAAGUCAAAUAUACUCAACAGAAUUACCAUGAUAGACUCACUCAGAUCUUAACAGAUUUCCCCAAAUUAGACGAUAUUCAUCCUUUUUACGCAGAUCUGAUGAAUGUUCUCUAUGACAAAGAUCACUACAAGCUGGCUUUAGGACAGAUUAAUAUUGCCAAAAAUCUGAUUGACAACGUUGCUAAAGACUAUGUGAGGCUGAUGAAAUAUGGUGAUUCUCUUUACCGCUGCAAACAGCUGAAACGUGCUGCUCUGGGACGAAUGUGCACAAUUAUCAAAAGGCAGAAACAAAGCUUGGAAUACUUGGAGCAAGUGCGACAACAUUUGUCUCGUUUGCCAACCAUCGAUCCAAAUACACGAACUCUUCUGUUGUGUGGCUAUCCAAAUGUUGGAAAAUCUAGCUUUAUAAAUAAGGUUACAAGAGCAGAUGUAGAAGUGCAGCCUUAUGCCUUUACCACAAAAUCUCUCUUUGUGGGACACAUGGAUUAUAAAUAUCUACGUUGGCAGGUGGUAGAUACUCCUGGUAUUUUGGAUCAUCCUUUGGAAGAGAGGAACACCAUUGAGAUGCAGGCUAUAACUGCACUUGCACAUCUUCGUGCUGCUGUGCUUUAUGUAAUGGAUGUGUCUGAACAGUGUGGGCAUAGCCUGGAGGAGCAAGUGGAACUCUUCAGAAAUAUUAAACCGUUGUUCGCUAACAAGCCACUGAUAAUUGUUGCAAACAAGUGUGAUGUGAAGAGGAUUGCAGAACUUCCUGAAGAGAGUCAGAAAAUAUUUGAAAGUUUUCAAGCAGAAGGAUUUUCUGUAGUAGAGACAAGUACUUUAACAGAAGAAGGUGUAAUCCAAGUUAAAACAGAAGCCUGUGACAGACUGUUGGCCCAUCGUGUUGAUACUAAAAUGAAAGGAAAUAAAGUGAAUGAAGUGUUGAAUAGAUUACACUUGGCCAUACCAACUAAAAGAGAUAACAAGGAACGGCUGCCUUUUAUACCUGAGGGAGCAAUAGCACGUAAGAAACGAAUGGAAGUAGACGCACCCAGGAAGAAACUGGAGAGAGAUCUUGAACUUGAAAUGGGAGAUGAUUAUGUUUUGGAUCUCCAGAAAUACUGGGACUUGAUGAAUUCAUCUGAAAAAUAUGAUAAGAUACCAGAGAUAUGGGAAGGUCAUAAUAUACUUGACUAUAUUGAUCCGGAUAUCAUGAGGAAACUAGAAGAAUUAGAAAAAGAGGAAGAACUGAGAGAAGCUGCUGGAGAAUAUGACAGUGAACCAGAAAGUGAAGAUGAAGAAAUGAUGGAAAUCCGACAUCUGGCACAACAGAUCCGAGAAAAAAAGAAACUGAAAAUCCUUCAGUCGAAGGAGAAAGAUACACGGGGUCCGAGGAUGCCUCGAACGGCUAAGAAGGUCCAGCGGAAGGUGCUAGAGAAAGAAAUGACUGAUCUUGGACUGGACAUGACUAAUAAAGAUGAUGCACAUUACGCAAGAAGGUCCCGUAGCGUCACAAGGAAACGUAAACGCGACGAAUCUGAAACCCCUAAAUCUGUGGCACGCAGUCGCAGUUCGUCUCGCCCACCGCGUGAUGUCUCUGGUCUUCGUGAUGCUAAGAUGGUGAAGAAGGUUAAGACUAUGGCAAAGAACGCUCAAAAGAAAAUGAAUCGCCUGGGCAGGAAAGGAGAGGCGGACAGACAUGUAUUUGAUUCUAAGCCAAAACAUCUGCUGGCUGGAAAGAGAAAAUCUGGUAAAACUCAAAGAAGAUGAGCCUUCUGAAUUAAAACAUAAGUUUAUUAAAACUAAUUUCUGGUCCUGUUUUCCUUUUUAGUGAAAGCGGAGUAUUAAAAAAGUAUACAUUGGUAUUGAGGGUUAAGAUAUUUGAAGCUCAGAGAGGAACAAUUGUAGCGUCUUGCUCUUGCAGUUCUGUGGGGGUUAUAGCACAAGAAACUUCUGUCAAAACCAGUGGCACAACAACUUGUAAACAGACAUCAGAAAUGCCACUUGAUUUUCUUAGUCAUGUCCUUCUUGUAGCAAUAUUAAGUAUUUAAAAUUUCAUGUAAAACUAGAUUUAAAAUGAGGUUAAAUCUAGAAAUGUAGAAAUGUAAAGUGGCUGGAGGUAAAAAUCCGAAGAGAACUAAAAAUGCACCCUUAAGAAACUGAACCAGUGAGGCUUGGCUUUCUGUACUUUGUCUGCGCUUGAGUUAAUUCUUUGAUGUGUAAAAGAGGUGAGUUCAUGUUGCACUUUUCUGGGGGAAGGGUGGCUGAGAAUACUGACCUUUUUCACUGUUUUCACACUUCUAAUGAAAGUGAUACCCUUACCUUGAUCACAGUCUUUCCAGAGGAAGGAAUGGGAGACUGACAAGCACUGUACAAAGUUAGUGUUUGUGCACUGAAGUAGUUUUGAACGAAUAGGAAAAAUAUUUGCCUGUUUACUAAGCUAAAUAAUCCCUGAAGCUGGAGGAGUAGUUGCUGUUUCAAUACUGAGCUGUAAUCACGCCUGUAAUAACAUGGGCAGGUAAAGUUACAACCGGGAUUUUUACAUAUUUGAAAUAAAUAUGUAAGAGAGUCAAAACUUUCCCUUAAGUUCAUGUCAAUUAUGCUACUGUCAUUCCCAGUUUAGGAAUACAUUUUUUCUUUAGAGGCUGAUGUACUAAAAGUUGUGUAUCUGUUCAAGACAAAAUAUAUUCUGUCAAAUAUUCUGAGAAUAUUAUAUAUUCUGUCAAAUAUAUUCUGUCUCUAGUUAAAAACAAGGUAGGAAAUAUCUAGAGGCUAGUAAAAUUAUGCAUUAUAAAUGUAGUGCACGAACAAAGCAAUUAUAAAACACAGUUUUUAAGAUUAAACUGAAGUCCAAUAAAAUGCACAUGUAAAAUAGUACCAAAGCGGCAAGGCAGGGGGAUCCUUAAUCUUUUUUUUUUUUUUUCCCCAACUACCUCUUUCAAAUACAAAAGGAGAACAGGGCUGUUCAGCUGCCAACUUAUAUAAUGGAACAUUAUGUAUAAUUCUGAUUUCUUUCCCCUUCUAGUAAAGCAGGAAGCUUUGUAUUAGAAAACAUUCUCAAAUUCUGUAAAGAUUAAUGUCAAAAACUUCUUUAAAAGUUGUGAUGUUUUGCUUAAAAAAAAAAAAAAACCUGGUAGCAAAACUUUGCUUACAGCUUCUUUAUACAUGUUCUUUCUAUUUCAGGGUGUGCUUUGUCAGCUUUUGUUCCAAGCUGGCCAUUUGAACUAGAUAAGUAGAACUUUGUUAAAACAAAGUUAUGCCCUGCUACCCACCCCCAAUCACAUUGCUUUAGUGAUGUUUAAUAGGCAGUUUGUUCUUUAUAGUCUAGUAACUCCAGAGGUUACUCUUCACAUAGCUGUAAGUCUGGGGGAAAAAAAAACAAAAACAACAACAAAAGAAAAUCCCCCACAGUCCAAGGUUUUAGGUUAAGUAUUUUAAUCCUUAGUCUUAUCCUUAAAAUCACAUUUCUUUAAAAAGUACUUUAAUACAUUACUUGGGUCAUGUAGCUGAUUGCACUGAAUUCAACAGAGCUGUUACUUUACUAUUCCCCCCUCCCACCAUUAUUUGCUUUUAAGAGAACACAUCAGUUAGGGUCAAGUUGUUGUGUAUUGACCUGAAAACUUUAAACGCUGAACCAGAAGAGAUACAUAAUAGCUUCAAUGCUGCAGUCAUAACUGUUGCAACAGCCGAGAUGAGGAAGAGAAAAAUGGUUAAGCUUUUGAAAAAAAUCUACCUUUACUUUGUAACCAGGCACAGACUAGUUACAGCCAUGUUUCACAUCCAGGGAGAACUGAUAAACAACAUCCUAUUUUAUUAGGAAAACUGUGGUAGAGAUUAACCUCAAAAAAAAACUAGUUUUUUUGAAUGGUCUGCUAUCAGAAGACAUCACAAUUAAGGUUUUCAGGGACAAAAAACCUGUACUUAAAUUCAAACUGUGAUACCCUUGAUCAUUCACUGUCUUAUUAAAAAAAGAAAACAAAACACAACCCUACUCUGCUAACCAGUAACUGAUUGCAAGAUCAAAAAAGAGUAGCUCUGACACUCAAGUAGAAUUUCUCAGUGACUAAAAUUUAAGACAUAGUGUAAACCCAUAAACUUUCAAGCUUAAAUUUUGGAGUUUUAACAACUACUUAAAUAGCAGGCUUGAGUUUUCAGGGACUUCAAAAAGGGUCUCAUAGCAGAUACUGAAAGAAAAAAAGCUUGCAUCAGAAUGCCUUUGUUUUCUGGAAGUUGGAGAAGUGCCAUCUAAAGCAUACCCCUCCUCCAAAGGAGGGGUCAACUUAUGUUAGGUAUCUAGCAUUCACGUUUGGUAUAACUGACCAUUUCUUUUCAAUUAGAGAUGUCCAGAAAACUAGUCAGUAUUUAGUUACUACUUAACCAGAAAGGGGGAGGGGUGGAAGCGUUUAUUAUCUGAAGCUAUGACAGACCUUUUUUACGAUGCACCAUUGCAAAAGAUACUAAAAGUUUCAGAUACA